CCACCUCACCACUAAAGGAGGAGGAGGAGGCCUCGAGCUCGAAGCUUCUCGGAAAUCUAACCCUAACCCUAACCCUAAAGGCUAGCCAUGGCCAAGGGGGCCGCGUCGGCGUCGGGAGGCGGCGGCGCCGCGCCGGAGGCGCAGCAGCAGCUCUCCGGCGGCGGGGACACGCCGCGGCGGCGGCGCCCCACGCGGUCCAGGUCCGACCCGCUCCUCAUCGUGUGCCGCUGCUUUAAUGUCGUCACCGCCGCCACCGCCGCGCUCUGCGUCGCCGUCAACGUCCUCUCCGCCGUGCAGUCCUUCCGCACCGGCCUCGACAUAUUCGGGGGCAUAUUCCGGUGCUACGCGGUGGUCAUCUCGCUGUUCGUGGGGGUGGUCGAGACAGAGUGGGGAUUCAUCAUGAAAUUCUGCAAGAUUUUGGAGUACUGGCCUGCAAGGGGAAUGUUACAGAUCUUUGUUGCUGUCAUGACAAAGGCAUACCCAAAUGUUGAAAGGGGUGAUUUGAUUUUGCUUGAAGACAUUGCCAGCUAUCUGCUUCUUGCAUGUGGACUGAUCUAUAUAAUCUCGGGUGUGCUGUGCAUUGGUGUGUUGAAGCGUUCUAGGCAGCAGAAAGCAACAUCACGAGAACAAGCAGUCAAGGAUCUGGAGGAGCUGGAGAAACGGAGAGAAGAACUUGAGGCACUUCUACUUGCUCAGAGGUCUGAGACGGUCUGACGGAUUCCAACCAGGACGAUCUGACAUUUACUUGUUCAGUGUAGAUAAAAUUUGUUUGUUUUUGUUCCUGCCGCUUGCCUAUAUCUUGUUCGUGGUCACCAUCAUUUGAAGUAAAUCCAAAACUACUCUUGUUGAUGUAUAUCGAGAACUUGUUUUUUUUUUCCAACUCUGAAUUGUUCUCCUUUUUGUUUCCACUAAAGUGUAGUUCUUCCCCUCAUCUACCUGUAAUUCCAAUAAACUCUUGUUUUUCUUUUGUGGGGAAGUAAAGCCAAUCAACUGACAAAUGAUUCAUCAGGUAA